GACAUGGAUUCGACGUUACAGGCACUCGUCAAUGAGUGGCUUCGCCUCGAUCAAGAUGUCUCGACGCGCUCAGAAAUCGAGAAACUCGUUGCCGAGAACAACAUCGCCGAACUUCGACUACGACUUCAGAAGCGUAUUGCCUUUGGUACUGCUGGAUUGCGUGGAAGGAUGGAAGCCGGCUUCUCGCGCAUGAACUCUCUCACUGUCAUUCAAGCCUCCCAAGGUCUGGCUGAAUACCUACUCAAGACUAAUUCUGGUACCAAAACUCAAGGUGUCGUGAUCGGAAGAGACGCCCGUCACAACUCUGACAAGUUUGCCAAAUUGGUUGCUGCUGUCUUUGUAGCAAAAGCCAUUCCUGUCAAAUGGCUAGGCCAAGUACACACUCCACUUGUACCCUAUACUGUUGGCCAUCUGGGUGCAGCCGCCGGCGUCAUGAUCACUGCUUCACACAACCCAGCUGCCGACAACGGUUACAAAGUAUACUGGGGAAAUGGAUGUCAGAUUAUCCCGCCACACGAUGCUGGAAUUGCUGCAUCUAUCGAUGCAAAUCUGGAGCCAAUCACUUGGAAUGUAGAUGUCCUCGAACAGGGAAGCCCUCUUGUAACCAACGCUCUUCAGCAAGUCCAACAAGGAUAUAUGGCCACCGUUGCAAGAAUCGCGACAGUCUCAAAUCCAGAUGGUUCUGUACCCUUUGUCUACACACCAAUGCACGGAGUUGGUUUACCAUUCUUCACAUCAGUGAUGAAAUCAUUGGGGUUGGAAACCAAAAUGCAUGUCGUUCAGGAGCAGGCCCAUCCAGACCCUGACUUCCCAACUGUACGCUUUCCUAAUCCCGAAGAGAAGGGAGCUCUGGAUCUUGCCAAACAAGUCGCGGAUCAAAACGGCAUCAAGCUGAUCCUAGCUAAUGACCCUGACGCCGAUAGAUUUGCGGCUGCGGAGAAGGUGGAUGGUGAGUGGAGGCAACUGACUGGCAAUCAGAUGGGUGUUCUACUUGCCUCACAUAUUCCGGACACAUAUCAACCCAAACAGAGCAGUAAGGGUCUAGCAAUGCUGUCAUCAACAGUUUCUUCAAAAAUGCUGGCAAGCAUGGCCACUACCAGCGGCAAAUUUCACUGGGAAGAGACCUUAACAGGCUUCAAAUGGUUGGGAAACAGAUCUCGCGAGCUGCAACAACAAGGCUACGAGGCACUUNUUGCUUAUGAAGAGGCUAUUGGCUACAUGUUCAGCGAAGUGGUCUUCGACAAAGAUGGCGUUGCCGCAGCUGCUGUUUUCCUAGCAGCCUGCGAUCGCUGGAACAAGCAAGGACUGUCUCCAUGGGCCAAGUACAACGAGCUCUGCAAAGAGUAUGGUUACUUUGAAGAUGCCAAUACAUAUGUCAUCUCACCUUCUUCGGAUGUCACCAACGCAGUCUUCGAGCAAAUACGACAGCAAAAGCCUACAAAUGUUGGAAGUCGCAAGAUUCUUCGUUGGCGCGACCUCACCAUCGGAUAUGACUCUGCAACACCCGACAACAAACCAACGCUGCCAGUCGACAAAAGUUCGCAGAUGAUCAGCUGCGAGCUCGCGGGUAAUGUGCACUUCACAUUUUACAUCGAAGGUAGUGCAAGCUCAUCGCAGGAAGCAAAGGCAUCAGCGCAGGAGGUCCUCGAAGACUUGAUGAAAGAAUGGUUCAAGCCUGAAGUAAACAGCCUGAAAAGAGAGUAA